CGGUGGAUAGACGAACAACAUCAGAUCUCAUUUAUCACUUGGAUCGAACGUUCUUCCCCCCAACUAAAUUUUGCUCAUCAAAUUUCCUCAACUUUAAAAAAAAUCUUGUCCUUUUUGAUUCCCAUUUUGUUUUGUGGUUGCCAUAAAGUCACAACAUUCGAGCAUUAACUGUAGUAAACCCCCUUACCGUUCAACCUAAGUGCCGACUGAGCCACCCAAUCCCAGCAACCGCACGAUGGCAUCUCGAAAUUGGAUCCUGUUCUCCGCUCUUUUCCUCCUGACGUUGUUGGUCCGGUCGAGUCGAGCCGAGGACUGGGAGUCGUUGCAGGACGACAGUUCUGACGACGGUGGCCAGGCGUUGGAAGAGAGCGACGAUGAGGGCGGAGAGCAAACGCUCGAUCCUCGUCUCUUUCUCCUUUUGCCGACGGGCGCCGGCAAUUUGCUCAACAUGAAUACGACCGGCGCCUUGUUGGCCUUGCUGGGCACGGCCGCUCUCCUCUCCGCUUUGGGAUUCCUCAUCUAUCACGUCGUCUCCAACAAGUUGAUGAUGAAGGGUCAGACCAGCUACGGAUCGGGAGGUUACGGCGGUGGCUCAUCCGGCGGCUACAGCUCAUACGGCACUGGCGGAACCGGUGGAUUCGGCGCCGGUUCCGGCAGCCAUUACGGUUACGCCAGAUCGAGCGAUGCCCCAAUGGACUGGGACAGUCUUAAGAUCCUCGACUACAUUUCCAUGAUGGAAGAGAUGUGGCGCAAGUUGGACGUUCACGACACCGGUUGCCAGAAGCGAAUCCUCUGCGAGAUCCAUCAGAACGAAAAGGCUCUAGGACCUGCCGCUUCCAAGAUCGUCAACGCAUUCGGAUACACUCGCUACCUGUCCAUGUUGAACAUCCCGGACGCGCUGAAGAACAUGAUCGACGACUACCAGGAUGCCGCUGACAAGGGGCGUUCCCUGCAGGACAAGGAAUGCAAGGACGUGUUCGAUUCGUGCGAUUUCAGCGUGAAAGAAACAUUCCUCAAGAAGCUGAAAGGCCAUCACGAUUAGCCGCUGAUUUAAUUGAUACAUGUGUAGAACAAUAUCUAUCACACACACACACGUAUAGACACAGCAGAAGCAGCAGCACGCGAUGUGGAAUUAUGUCUAGCAUUUUCCCCAACGGGAGAUUUUUUUUAUUUGUUUUAAUUAUUUAAAUUGUUGAUGUUGCGUUUGCUGAUUGACAUAUGAUUUUUCCACAUUUCAAAUGCACGUUUCGUUUCCUAUUUAACCAGCCAGCGCACCAAACUGCUAAUUAUUAUUUUUAGUUUUUUCUUCCCAAAUGCCUUCAAGACAAACGUCCCCGCCGUGUCCGCCUUUGCCCCCCAAAAACUUCCUGUUAUUGUUUGUUCCUCCUCGGGUUCAUUUUAUUUAUUCAACCAAGAAGAAGAAAAAAAAAAGGAAGUUUCAACCUCCCUUCCUGUUAACACCACACACCUGCAGGAAAGAGCGGGAAUCUAACGCCAGUGUCAAGCUGCUGGCAUUUCCCUACCUCUCCCGCUAAUAAUUUACCAAGUGUUUGUCUUUUUUUUUUUGAACCUUUCAUUGUAUAAAGAGAGAUAAGACAUGAUACAUAACAAAUACACUUCCUUUACUGUGCA